AUAUCAUCAUUCCCUCAAAAACCCUAUUCUUCAAUGGCUAAUUCUUCUUCCCACAAGCUUUCCUACAUCAUCUUCUUCCUUUCCCUCUCCACUUUCGCUUCCGCAGCCCUAAAAGUGGGCUUCUAUCGAUCAUCGUGUCCCGAGGCCGAGGCCAUUAUCGAGAACGUUGUUGAUCGCGCCGUCUCUCGUAACCCUGGCAUCGCUGCUGGGCUCAUUAGAAUGCACUUCCAUGACUGCUUUGUCAGGGGAUGUGAUGGGUCAGUGCUUUUGGAAUCAACUCCGGGAAACCCAGCUGAGAGAUAUCAUCCAGCAAAUUUCCCGACAUUACGAGGUUUCGAGGUUAUUGAUGAAGCCAAGGCCAAAAUUGAGGCUAUUUGUCCCCAAACCAUGUCUUGUGCUGACAUUCUCGCCUUCGCCGCCCGUGAUAGCGCCAACAAAGUCGGUGGCAUUAACUAUGCUGUACCAGCCGGCCGCCGCGAUGGCUGCAUUUCAAGGAAGGAAGAAGCCGGAACUCUCCCUAGUUUCGCUUUCAACGCCGAGAAGCUCGCCAGCGAGUUUGCGAAACGAGGGCUGUCGGUGUCGGAGAUGGUGACCCUCUCCGGUGCACACUCCAUCGGAAUAGCUCACUGCCCUACUUUCUCCGAGAGGCUAUAUUCCUUCAACGAAACUCAUUCACAAGACCCUUCAAUGGACCCCUCGUAUGCUGAUUACUUGAAGAACAAAUGCCCGCCACCGCGCGGUGAUCGGAGCGAGGAGGAGGCCGUAGCGCUUGAUUUCUCCACGCCGCACCGUUUGGACAACCGUUACUAUAUUGAGCUGAAGAGAAACCGUGGGCUGUUGACAUCUGAUCAGACGUUAUUGAGUAGCUCUUUGACGUCUAAGAUGGUGUUGAAGAAUGCUAAUGAUGGCUCCAAAUGGGCUGCUAAGUUUGCUAAGGCGAUGGUUAAAAUGGGCAAAAUUGAUGUCCUUACGGGAUCACAAGGCGAGAUUAGGCGCCAUUGCAGCUUUGUGAAUUGAUUUGAAUGGUUCUAUUUGAGCACCGACAGGGAAAGAAGUGGUUUGGUGUGUGUCUUACGUUAAACAUUUGUUGUUUUGUUCAAAUCCGCUACAUUAUUCCAUUGUUUGUUGUUGUGAUUGAUUCAUUGUUUUUUUGUUUGUUGAACUCAAAAAAAGUGUACAUUUGUUGUUAUAUGAAACUUGUAAUUCUCUUUAUUGAAUAAUAGUUUGUAAUUGAUUGAUUUAU